UCAAUUUUAUUACGAGUUUACGUUCGCGCCUAAUUUCAAUGUAAUGGCGAACAAUUUAUCAUAGGUCGUAUUUUAUUAUCUCUUUCGCAAAGUGAGUUUGUUAAAAAACUGUUUGCCAGUUAUCGCAAUUGAUACUGACUUGAUUGCGCGUUAAGUUUGUGUACAGUCUCGAUUUGUGAUCGUGCGACGACUCACAAUCUGGAAUAAUGACAAAUAUGUCGACGACGACGAAGCAGCAGAAUGAACCGAAGAUCGAAGAGAUUGAAGCCAGCUAUCAGGAAAUAUGUCGUCAAUUGAAUAUGGAUAAAGAAACCGAGAGGACAGCCUGGCAGAACUACUUUGAUGCUUCGCAGAAUUGCACUUUACAGGGUGAUCCUUUUCAUUGGCUAUGUUGUGCGAUAUAUGCCGCAUGCCGGGAAUCAUACACACCUACCGUUGGAAAUGCUGAUGCUGUGGUUGCAGGCAACUGUGUGUCGCUUACCAAAUUACUACGAAGCUGUAACAUCAGUAUUAAUGAAUUUUGCAACAAAAUCAGACUUUGGGCAAACGUUAGGAAUGUUUCUAAAGGAUUGCGUGCACAAAUUGAACGUCUCGAGCAAAGUUUUAAUGUUUCGCUAUGCGUUUAUAAAAAAUACGAAGAAAUCUUCCCAAAGCUUUUUGUGAUCUCAUCUGCUGAACGGAAAAAAAAGAAGGCUAAACCGGGACCUUGUUCAGCUAGUAAGCUCUAUGAUUUUUGUUGGUGUUUAUUUAUUGCGGCCAAAGGAGAAGAACCAAAUCGUAGAACUGAUCUCGUCUCAUCUUUACACUUACUGCUGUGUAGUAUAGAUCUAAUUUUCGUAAAUGCCGUAUUUGACGAUCGAAGAGAUAUAAUCAAAGCAGACUUUGCCGGUUUACCGAAAAAUUGGAAUAGUGACAAUUUUGAUUCUACAACCCUUAAAGAUUUUUGUAUAAUACGUCAGCUUUGUGAGAUAGUUUCGGCAGAUUUUUUAGAAGUGGCUAAUUUGAAACGGACAAUUUGGAAAUCUGUGCUGACGAAAUUGACUACUCAUAAGACAUUGCUGUGCAAUUCACCAUCGGAUAUUAUCUCUAAUACAUACUUCGAACCAAAUUUGAAGUCAUUGAACAACUCCUACGAACAAUAUUGUCUUAGCGUUGGUGAAUUCGACGAGAGGAUAUUUUUGAGUUCCGAAAAAGAUAGAACGAUGCCGCAUUCAGUUACACGAAGUUUGCCAAGCACACCAGUAUCAAGCGCGGCAACCAAACAAUGGGUUCAAAGUUUGGCUGAUAAGGGUCCUCCAAUCGAUUUCGCUAAAACCAUGGAAGAAGAUGAUUACCAAAUUAUAGAAAGUCGAAUGGAUAAUUUGGAAAAGGAAUUUAUAGAGAAAUUCAAUUCAGUUCAAAAAUGUGCUGGCCAAGAGAAUUUGAGAUCUCCAGAAAUGUUAUUCAAAAACUCAAAAGCCUUGUAUUACUAUUUUCUUGAAAAAAUCAUCGCUAACGAGAAAAAAAUCAAGCCGCAAUUAGACUGUAAGAUAAUUUUUGGGAACAAUACCCUCCAUAAAACCUUACUCGCGUGCUGUGUCGAAAUAAUAAUAUAUCUUCAUGGACUGAAAUUAGAAUUUCCAUGGGUGUUGGAAUGCUUUGAGUUAGAUCCGUAUUAUUUCUAUCGAAUAAUUGAAAUAGUGGUACAAAAUAAUGAGACUAUUCUGGAUCGAUCAACCAUUAGCCAUUUGAAUACAAUUGAGAGUUCAUGUAUAGAUAAUUUAGCGUGGCAAAGAAAUUCUUUACUUUGGGGAGCUAUAGAAAAAAUGAAAGAAGAUAAAGGCACAAUACCAUCAUAUGAUGAUGUUGAUCCCAGAAAUAAAGGUACAAAUGGAUCGAGCUGCAGAAAGGAAGAGUCCAGGUUACAGGGAAGUUUUUUUCAAUCGCCUAGUACGGGAGCUCAGUAUAUGAAACCAACUGAAGCAUCAGAAUCAGCAAGACGUGAUCUCUUCAAUGCCGGGCCAAGUGGAAAAUCAAACCGUGAAUCAUUGACUGAAACAACCCCACCCAAACCUAGAGCUGGAUCUCUAAAUCUUUUCUUUAGAAAAUUCUAUGAAUUAGCUUAUAAACGAAUGUCAAAACUAUACCAAGGACUAGAUAUGAAAGACAGCGAUCUCCUAGAUUCAAUUUGGACCAUAUUUGAAUAUUGCAUUAUGACAAAAACUGAAAUAAUGCGCGACCGCCAUUUGGAUCAAAUCAUCAUGUGUACAAUAUAUGUUCUAAUUAAGGUAAAGGAUAUACCCGGCACAAAUUUCACGGGCAUUAUGCAAACCUGCAGGCAGCAACUCAAAACGACAAGUUCGAUGUAUCGACAAGUUCUCUUAGAUGUCGUGGAUGGAAGGCCCCGUUAUGGUGAUAUAAUUCAGUUCUAUAACACAGUCUACGUAAAAAGCGUAUCGCCAUUUGCUUUAAGUUAUGCUGACAAAUCUAAAAAAGAGAAUCACUUGUUGUCGCCACAUCCACCAGAUCGGCUGCAGUCACCUAAACAAAUUCCAAAUUGUCAGUUCUACGUUCAAACUCUAGAUAAGAAGGAUAUUCCACAUUCACCAGGUGGCAUUACAUAUGAGAUCAACAAAAGUCCUGGAAAAGAUCUGCAAAAGAUAAAUGCCUUAGUGAAUGGCAAGCGACAUCUUUUGGACGAAUCCGCACCCCAUCAGCAGAAAAAACACUGCGAGAAAAAACUAUUCGAAAUAAUAAGAGAUCGUCAAAUGAAUAAUCCUAAUCCUUAAGUUAUAAUGCAACAUGAGCAAAUGGUUUUAGAUAAGAAAAAGCUAUAGAGACGGAUCUAUAAUUUUGGGUAUUUUAUUGCUUUUGCUCCGUUUUUAUUCGCGCUGCCCUAGUGGUGUCAUCAAUAAUAAGUGAUAAAAAAUUAUAAAGAUCAUGGUAUGAAUUUUUUGCAAAUUCAUUAGUUCUUCUACAGCAACUAAAUUCUGUAACAUUAAAUGAUAAAGACCGAUUAUGAUAUAUUUUAAAGGUUUUAAAUUAUGUUCAACUUUAUAAAUAAAAUCCAUAUAUGUAUUUA